CGUUUGGGUCGUCUGCCGAACUUCGGGAGGUGGUUUCGAGCUCAGAAUUCUGUACGUGUCUUACCUUAUUCUCAACAGUGGCACUAUUAAAAGAUGGCUGAAUUAAUAUCAGUGAACAUUUUUGUUGGGAAUACAACCUUCGUCGAUGUUGAGGUUUACGAACUCUGGCUGGAGGGAUAUUCGUCGCAUGAUGCUUCCUCAAUCCGCUACCAGAAGUUAUCACCGAAGAUGGCUGGUUUGAAGUACGAUCUUCUGAAGAGUGACACGACGGAUAACUACCGCAUGUUCAUGGGGAUAGAAAAACACCUCCGUAACCCGAUCACCUUGUCCCAUCAACCUCUGUUUCAAAUCUCGCCAGACAUACAGAAGAUGCUAAUUGAAAAAUAUUACGAGCUUGAUUCUCUGGUGGCUCGUGAGAUUCUUGGGAAGAAAUUGUCGAGUAAACACCGCAAAGAUUUGGAUGAAAUUGGCGAGAAGACCAAAGUGUCCCUCAAAAGCUGCAGAAGACAGUAUGAUAACUUCAAGAGAGUGUUCAAAGCAGUGGAGGACAUGGAGGGACCGAUGGUGAAGAACAUCCAGACAAACUUCCUACUCUCAGAGGAACUCGCCAAGAAGUAUGCAGCUAUUGUUUUCUUUGCCAACAACCGUUUUGAAACGGGGAAGAAGCGCCUGCAGUACCUGACCUUCUCCGACUUUUCAUUUUGUGCGGAUGAGAUGAUCGUUAGAUGGACUGCAGGAUCAAACGAUUCCAGAAAGGAAGACUUGGAUGCGGAUUUCGACCGAGAGUUUCUGCAAGAGCUUAGAGAACUCAAGGUUCUCAUCAGUGAUAAAGAUGCAAGUGAUCAACACAAAGGGUUGAUUUGUAGUUCCCUUAAAGGGAAGAUAACAGAGAAAGCUUUUGCCGACAUUGAAUCAAAUUUCAAGAACCUUUCGCGGCCUAUCGUCAACAUUGCCAGUGGCAUGAUUCAUUCCAGGGAACUGAGAGACUUCUUCAAUGAUGUCGUAGAGAAGAUUAUUGAUCCCACGAAGGCAGCACAGUGGACUACAACGGACAUGAGCAUGUUCCUGAAAAGUUACACCGCCAACAGCUAUCAACUGGAGGGAAUGGCAAGGCAUACCCGUCUGCAUGCUACACUGGACCGAUACAUGACCACAUUAACAAAGUGCAUCCAAUGCAUGUACCACAGCUGAUACCCUCCAAUCAGCAGGUACCAUCAAUUGUUCAGCAAGAGCCUAAUAGCACUUGGAGCUUGGGCCCUAGUGUCAGCUACACCCCCCUUCUCAGAUGCGGACUUCAAAAAAAGCCAUUUAACUGGAGGUAUGGUUAAAAAAAUACACAGUUCUUAUUUAGAGCUUCAUCUACUACCGAUGGACGUCUGAAAGCGCUCAGUAUUUUUUCCCAAAGGUAUGUAGAGCUAGGUGUUGAAGUAUGAGACCUACAUGGUAUUCCUUCACAUAGUACCAUGUAAUGGUUUACAACUUGAUGUGGCACAAUAUGCAGCCAAUUAAAAACUGUACCAAGUUGUUGAUUAAUAGACAAGUACAUGUAAGUCAACUAGUGUACAACUGAAAUUGUCAUUGUGAAUUAUGCUACUAAUAUGCCAAUGCAAGGAUGUACAAGUGUAGUUAUGCAGCAAAAACACAUGACGUUUAUGAUUGUUCAGUGUCUUUCCUCGGUUGAAUACAUGCAAUGUGGAUUUGUGUGGUGAAAACAAUGAACUGGUUAUUUUGUUUGCUGAAGUUACAGUUCCACUUAGAAAAGCAGUGUUCAGUGGUUGAUUUAGUGUAUUGGCUGUACACCAUGGGCAAUGGUCAGUUGUUUUGCUUUCUGCAGUCUGGCAUUCAUAAAGCACUGGGCCCUAUUUCAUAUAGCUGCUAAGCUAAACAAAAAACAAACUGCUCACCAGAUGAAGGUUACCAGCCAAAAUACCAUGCCUCAUGUAUUAUUACCAAAUGGAUUCCUGCGUAUUUUUGCUUAGCAGAAUUUUGUUGUUAGCAAUAUUUCCUGCCCAAGCAACUCAAUAAAAUAUUGCACAGGUGUUAAUAUCUUGUAACCCACUACCAGUUUCAUAAUAUUAAAUGAUGGAUUUAUAACACAAAUAACACAAAUUGAUGUGUGAAGUUGGCACUAAACCUUUUUAUUAUUGAUCAUUCAACAGGCCAUUUCGAGAUAUGGUGGGCACAAUACUUUGACACUAUUUGGUUUUGUUAAAUGUAUCAAUACCAAAAACCAAACAGUGCACUCACUUAUUGUCCAAUUGCUAAUGGAAAGUCUGAACACAUCCAUUGACGGAAUAACAGUAAGAUGUAAAUAAUUGUACAUAAUGAAAAUGUCUAUAUUAAAACAUACAGUUUAAAUCA